UUGAAUGAGAUGCUGAGGGGGAGCGUUCUGCCUGAAAAUCUCGAAGUGCGCGCUGUUCCUUUUGCGCAGGGCGGUCGCUGGCGAUGGAUCUGGCCGAGGCUCCGAUCACAACUCGUCCCCCUUUCCUUAAAUGGGGUUGUUUGUAAAAGUUGCCGGUGGCCCAGAGGCAUCGUAAUACGAAGCACAUCGGUAAAGCGUCUCGCCGUAAAAGGGCAGCGGGGAGAGAGGGAGAAGCAGUGGACGGGACGGCGGAGUUGGAAUCUGCCGGGCAGGCUCCACCAGUGAGCACAGACAGCUCUCGGAGCCAUACGCCGAGGAACUUCCUUGAGUAAAGGUCCCAAACGAGAUGGAGAUGCUCCGACGUUCUUCCGUUUUUGCUGCUGAAGUGAUGGAAGUGUUUGAUCGCUCUCCUCCCGAUAAAGAACUUAUUUCUCAAGCCAAAGCACUCUGCCGAGACUACAUCCAUUCCCGCCUGAUCCGAGCUGGUAUUGUUUGGAGCAAACCAGACCAUCUGACUGCUGGCCCAGCAAGCAAACUCACUGAGGUGUCGGCUGCACUCCUUCAUUUGGGUGACGAAUUAGAGUACAUCAGACCAAAUGUUUACAGGAACAUUGCCAAACAACUGAACAUCUCAGUCACUUCUGAAAACAUCGUGUCAGAUGCGUUCCUGGCUGUUGCUACUGAACUUUUCUCUGCAGGUAUAACCUGGGGGAAGGUGGUGGCCCUCUAUGCUGUAGCUGGUGGAUUAGCCAUCGACUGUGUGAAGCAGGGACAGCAUGCCAUGGUGCACACAAUCGUCGAUUGCUUGGGAGAGUUCGUCCGGAAAACGCUGGUGACGUGGUUAAGGAGACGUGGUGGAUGGGCUGACAUAACAAAAUCUGUGGUUAACAACGAUCCCAGUAUCCGCAACCAUUGGCUCAUUUGUGCCAUCUGUACCUGUGGACACUUCCUCAAAGCGAUUUUCUUCUUCCUCCUGCGAGAACGAUGAUUCUGCCUGGGAUUUUGUGGUCCUUUACAUAAUUCCCGUACUUAAUGUGAUACAAAACUCGCAGCAUGCCUGAUAUACCGUCUUGACUGAACAGAAUUUCUGCCGUUGCUGGACUGGAGUAAGAACCAUUCAGAGAGAUCGGGGAGAUGGGGUACAUUUAGCUAAACAUAAUUAGACUAGAAUUCUACAGAUUGUCCCAUGUUGUCUAAAUUUCUGGACACAAGGGGAGGAAGGAUAGAUAAGGAGGAGAUUGCAGCAAAUGAAAUAUUUACAGUGCCCGCCAUAAUGUUUGGGACAAAGACCCAUCAUUUAUUUAUUUGCCUCUACUCCGCAAUUUGAGAUUUAUAAUAG